AUGGAGCAAUGUUUAGUAGAGUCUUGUUCAUGGAUGGCCAGGACACGCACACCCUCAUCUUCUGGAUGUGGUACUACCCGGGGUGGCGGUCAAGUUGGGGUUCAUCAAACUAGAAGACAGACUGCUCCUCAGCCUGAAGUUGGGAAGAUGGGUCAACCCCAAGCUGCUAUACUAGAUCAAGUGCAAGGGCAGGGAGUUCAGGACGCUCUACCACUAGAGCCAACUGUUGUACCUACUGUUACCUUACCUGCAGACACAGUAGCAAGGUUAUUGAAUGUGUUAGAGGCAUUGGUGCCUACCGAGGGUGGAAGUUCAGAUCCUCAGGAUACUUUACAGACACAAGCACCUGCACUGACUCAGACUUUCGGGAAUAAGGAAGUAUCCUUACAAGAGUUCCAGAAAUUGAAAUCACCAAAAUUCACAGGUUGUGAUAAUUCAGCAGAUCCUCAAAGUUUCUUGGAUGGGACAGUCAAGGCAUUACGUGCUCUAGGAUGUUCUAGUGAGAGAGUCGUGGAGCUCGCAGCAUACAAACUAGAGGAUAUGGCCAACACAUGGUAUGAAACUGUAUUGCUAGGAAGCCCAGCAGGAGCAGCACCACUGACAUGGGACAAAUUCACUAAGUUGUUCAUGAAUCAUUUUCUUCCAAACAGCCUGGUGCAAAAAUAUGCUAGAGACUUUGAGAGAUUGGUUCAGACUCCAGAUAUGGAUGUGUCAACAUAUAAUACCAAGUUUUGUAAGCUGGCUAGAUAUGCUCCUUACUUAGUGCCUACCGAAGAAGCUCUAGCUCAAAGGUUUGUGGAUGGAUUGGUUGGUCGUCUAUACACUGCAGUAGCCCCACAGAUGAAGACUUUAUCCUAUUCUGAUGCAGUCUACCUUGCUAGAAAGAUUGAAAUCAAGGGACGUGAUGAGCGUGCAGUUGGUGACUUACGUAAGAAGGCCAAGAUAUAUGCCACUACUCCAGUCUGCCAGACCUGUGGUAGAUCACAUUUGGACCAAUAUCGUGUUCUAAGGGGAGAGUGCUUUCGGUGUGGCCAGUUGGGACAUCACUUGAGGGAUUGUCCUCAGCCUCCGCAAAAUUUUAACCAAGCUUCUAUUCAGUCAGCUACACCUACUCAGACUACUCGUAAUACUUCAGGUGCUACAGGUACAGGAAAUAGAGGUCGAGGUGCUAGAGACCGUGCUACGGUGAAUCAAGGACAAGGGAAUACUGUUACUACUCCUGUUGGAGAGUCUCUAUUAGCUGAAUAUGUGUAUCGUGCUUGUCAGAUUCGUGUUGAGGGUAGAAAUACUUUAGCUGACCUUAUUGUACUUGAUAUGAUUGACUUUGACAGGCUGAUGGGAACGGAUUGGUUAUCUUCUUGCUAUGAUAUAGUCGAUUGUCAUGCAAAGGUAGUUAAGUUUGAGAUACCAAAUGAACCCAGUUUUAUUCUAAGAGGGAGUCAGGUUGUAGAGAUUAGCAAAGUUGUAUCUUUUAUGAAAGCUCAACAACUUCUGAAGAAAGGUUGCUUGGGUCUCUUAGCUAUUGUAAAUGACACAAGAAAGGAAACAGUUAGUAUAGAAAAUGUACCAUUAGUGAGAGAAUUUUCUGAUGUAGUUCUUGAGGAUUUACUAGGAUUGCCUCCAAUAUGA